AUGUCCCAGAUCCCUCCUGGUUCUCCAUCAGCUUUUGCAAACCGAUGGGAUUCACUUCAGUCACAGAUACCCCCUGCUUCUCCAUCAGCAACUUUUGUAACUCGCCGUGAUUCACCUCUGUCUCAAAUCCCUCCUGGUUCCCCGUCAGAGCCCUUAUUAGUGGCCCAAGUUUCUACUGCUUCUCCUGAUAUAGCCUAUGUAAGUCGACGAGAUCACUUAUACUCCAGCCAGAAGUUCCUUCUCUUACCCACCAAAAUCUCCAAUGAUUCAUCAAAUUUACUAACACUUCAAUGCCAGAUAAUGUCCACUUCUCCACCAGCUCCAUUCAUGGAUCGACAAGAAUCUCUUGAAGCACCCAUUGCCCCCCGUUCACCACCAUCUCCAUUCAAAGACCGCCAUGAUCUACUUCCAGACAAACUGAAAUCCUUCCUGCUUCAGCUACAUCUCCCUGCAUCAUGCGUCAAAACUCCAAGCUUUAGAACAGCCAAAACUUGUACGAGUUCCCCAGCAUCUCCCUACAUAAAUCAGGAUAAUUCAUUACCAACUCAGUCAACUAAACCUCCUAGCUCUCCACAGCCGAUGACACGUCAGGACUCAAGCUCUCCGCAGCCUCCAGCACCACCUAGCUCCCCCCGGCCUAAACCUAGACGACUUCAGCGUCAGGACUCGAGCUCAUUCCAGUCCCAGUUGCCUCCUGCAUCUCCUAAGUCCCCCCUUUAUAAACAAAGAUUCGCUUGCUUUCCAGACACCGAUUCCGAGUUCGCCCGGACCUUAUAUAAAUCAGGAUACACUUUUCCCUCAUUCCUCAGACAUCCCAAAACAUCAAGUUCUUCCCAGCCAUCAACACCUCGUUUCUUGCGAGAGGACUAUGUUUCUCGUCGUAAGUCUGCAUCCCCUGUUUCCCCACAUGCAACAAUCCAACGACUACAUGCUGAGCAGUCAGGCUCUCCCAAAUUGCUAUCAUCCCCUAGCUCUCCGAAAUCUCCAGCUGCCCGUCUUCAGCAGGAUCAUCCUAGCACCCCUCCGGCUCUCUCAGGCUCACCCCAUUCUAAAGGUCCGACAAUGAAGCGAGAAGACUCAUGUUCUCCCCAGCCCCCAGCACCUCCAAGUUCACCGUUACCAAAAACAAGACGCCUCCAUCGUCAAGAUUCACGAAAUUCCUUGCCGCAAAUUCCCCCUGCUUCACCUAGUAUCCUUAAAAAUCGUCGAGAUUCACAGCCACAAAUGUCCCCAGUAUCGCCUUAUAGAGAUCGUCGAGAUUCACAGCCACAAAUGUCCCCAGUGUCUCCUUACAGAGAUCGUCGAGAUUCACAGACACUCCAGUUUGAAAUGUCUCCUUCUUCUCCUGUGCCCUUUCAAUUUGAUCGUCGAGAAUCACUCAAACAGUCCCAUAACCCUCCUUCUCCACCUGCAACAUUUGUCUGUCGCCGUGACUCACCUUUAUCCCAAAUACCUCCUGGUUCCCCGUCAUCAGCUUUUGCGAGUCGACGUGAUUCACUCCAGUCGCAGAUGCCUCCCAUUUCCCCCUCAGCAACUUACGAAAGACGCCGUGAAUCUCCUCUAUCCCAGAUCCCCCCUGGGUCCCCAUCAUCAGCUUUUGCAAGCCGACGUGACUCACUCCAAUCACAGGUACUUCCCAUGUCUCCAUCAGCAACUUUGGAAAGGCGUCGGGAUUCACCCAUGUCCCAGAUCCCUCCUGGUUCCCCAUCAGCAACAACUUUUGCAAGCCGACGUGAUUCACUCCAGUCACAGAUGCUUCCCAUGUCUCCAUCAGCAACCUUGGAAAGGCGUCGCGAUUCACUCCAAUCACAGAUGCUUCCCAUGUCUCCAUCAGCAACCUUGGAAAGGACGUCGCGAUUUACCAAUGUCCCAGAUCCCUCCUGGUUCUCCAUCAGCUUUUGCAAACCGAUGGGACUCACUUCAGUCACAGAUACCCCUGCUUCUCCAUCAGCAACUUUUGUAAAGGCGUCGUGA